AUGUUCUUUCUAUAUGAUUCGUACAUAUCUUGGCAUCAACGGGUGGAAUCUCUUGGCACCAAAGUCCCUCGACUGACCACUCGAAUUCCCACAAUGCCCCGAAUUCCCUUUUCUGUCAUUAUAAAGGCCCAAAGGGAAAAUCAUCUUCUGCCUAUACUCCUCAAAGAAUGUCGCACAGUCGAUUCUGCUCGUAAUGAACUUCGGUGGCUACGCGAGCGGGCAGUUCGCGAUAGCCGGUCUCUUUCAUCAAAGGCAGGAUGGAGAAGCCGCUUGAGAUCGAUGUGUCAGAUGCGGUCUAGAGGAUAUCCACUCCAAUAUAUCCUUGGGGAUCAACCAUUCGGCGACUUGGAAAUCCUUUGCCGAAGAGGCGUUUUGAUCCCAAGGUCUGUCUAUCAGAUUUUUUUCAAAAAGCGAUAUAUCUUGCUGAUAAGCCUUCACAGACCAGAAACUGAAUCAUAUACGUACCAAGCGGCCAGAUUAGUCCGUCAAAUAGCUCUGGACCGUAAUGACCAGUCAAAGUCUCCCAACCAGGCGAGACCCUUGCGCAUCAUUGACCUUUGCACCGGCACAGGUUGCAUAUCACUUCUUCUGCAUGCAUUACUUGCUCCUCAUUUCCAGCAGCUGGAGAUAGCAGGAGUGGAUAUCAGUUCUACGGCUUUAGGCCUAGCCCAGGAGAACCUCCAGCAUAACCUGCAAUUAGGCCAGUUGGCAUGCAGCGCAGGCACAGACAUCCGCUUCCAUCGCGCCGAUGUUCUCGGACAUGGCAGCGACAGUUCAGUAUCGUCCAUAGAGUCAAUACUUCAAACCCAACUCCCCAAUUUCGGAGCAUUCGAUACCUCACCACCAUACCAAGAAAGUGGAUGUGAUCUAUUGAUCUCCAACCCGCCCUACAUAUCCCAGACGGAGUUCCGCAACGGCACCACUGCGCGCAGCGUCCGGCGCUUUGAGCCCAAGCUGGCACUUGUGCCUCCGCACUCGGACCCUGGGGUCGAAGACUGCGUGCCCGAGGAUAUAUUCUACCACCACAUUCUCACACUAGCAUUGAAGUUGAAGGCCAAGCUCACGGUGCUGGAGUGUGGGGAUUUUCACCAGGCGAAUCGAGUGGUUGCUCUCCACAAGCGACUUGCUUCUACUGAAUCUGGGCAGUUCAGUGCGGAGGUCUGGCCGAGUCGAGAGCAGGAUUUGGCUGAUAAUGGGUUCCAUGCAACUGACGGAUCGCGAGGUGUUAUCAUACGCACUCUUCAGUAG